GUAAUAUGGCAAUUCUUGGUGAGGUUUCCAAUAGUCGAGCUAAUUCGGUCGUGCAUUCACGUUCACCAAGUCUAAUUAAAAUACUUCUCGUAUAACCGCAUUGGAAAGUAGGGAAGUCUAAAGCAGAAUGAAAUUAGUCGGACCCUGCAAUCGAUUCUUAUGCUCAGGCAGAGGAGCUCUCGUGUGACUGAUUUCCUGGAUUUUUUCCAGUGUGUCUCUUUUGAGCGCUUCUUUCAAAUUUCACAUAGAACGCACAAAAUCAUGUCAGAGCAGUUGAAAACCGAAAAAUUACGGGAAUUGUCUCAGCCAGAUGCCAUUCUGGAGCAGAAUAUCUAUGUCGAUGCGCUUUCAGAAUAUUUGCGUCUAGGUGGAACGCCCAUGGACGCUGUCAGUGCCUUGUCCGAAUCGUACAUUGGUCUGCCUUCCAUGUGCAAUAUCACCGCUCAAGCCGCCAACUCCAUCGGUCUUCAGAGUCAAACGAUCAUGCGAGACGCUAUUAGAGAAAUGCUCAAAGAACGAUUCGAUCCUAAACGCUGCGACGCUCUUUUUAUGAAUUCAGAAAAUCAGGUUGCACCUGAAUGGUUGGACACGAUUAUCCAGGACCCUCAUUGGCGACAAACCAUUUAUGAACUUAUUGAGCAAUAUCCUCGCUGCUCGUUCCUCAACUUUGCUGUUUUGCGCAUUGUGGAGGCAGGUUAUUCCGACGAAAUUGCAAACUUAAAGACGGCAUCUACCUACAUUAAAAUAUAUAACAUCAUUCUGGGCGAUACACUGUCCAAGUUGGUGCAGCAAGAUGAUCUUACAUUCGAUGAACAAUUGCCUGAUCUAGUGAGAAUCUGCUGCGAACGAGAAGAAACAUACUUAUACGCCCAGAUCCUGAUUCAAAAGAUUCGUGAAAAUUAUCAAGGUUUACCAUUGAUGAGAUUGUCAAAGGAACUGGAAAAAGCAGCGAUCCGAAGAGGCCAAAAUGCGUUUGUAGAGAUACUACGCGUAUAUACGAUGAACGCCCCCUUGCAGUUGUCAGGUUCAUUGAAAGCUAUUCAUGGUACUCGGCAAGUAACACCGGGAGAUAUUAUGACGCUUUAUAAAUUGUACACAUCCCCUAAUCCUCCGCCCGCCCACUUUAUCUGUGAUUUCGACCUUAUCUAUAUCCUUCUGAAGGCGGUUUACAUUCCAAAUUCGGGCCCUAUACUCAAGCCCGACAUCGUUGAGAAAACCAUAUUCCUUAUCGCCUACGCCGUCUGCGUCAAAGAUGCCAGUCCCAGCGAGCAUCAAAAUGCCGAAGUCUCUCGUGUUAGCAAUAUAUUGAAAGAGUUGCACAAAGCACUCAAAGAUGAUAAUACGAAGGGAGCCAAUUUUACGGGUGCUAUGAGUACCAUUCUCAGCGCAAUUAGGUUACCUAUUGCUUCCAUGGUCAUCUUGCUGUGGAUCGAACAUAUUGCUAUUCACACACAAUAUUUCGAAACCUACUUUCGAACCAGUGAGACGCCCAUCCCCCAUCUUUUACUAGACGAAAUUGCCCAUCGCCACCCGUUGCAGCAAUCAUUCGUGUUCGAGACCAUCAAAAAUUGCUUAUCACACCAAUAUCAAAAUUUCGCACCCGAAAUUCAUAUGGCGUUGCAAAAAUCAUGGAUCGACCGAUUGCUGUAUCUCGUGCAGCUUCAUUAUACAAAACCGGUUAUGAACUUUAUGAAAGGCGUAGGUCGCGAAUUAGAUGACAGCUUGAUUGUUCAUUUCGUGAAUAAGGUGUUACGAAUGGCCCAACCUCCUUACUCGAUAGAGUUUGUGGAAGAUAUGGUGGAUGUUAUUACGCCUAUUGUCGAUGUACUGAAUCUUAUGAAACCCGUCCAACAAGCGAUUGAUCAAUUUUUCGAUGAAGCAAGCACCAGUUCCGAACCCAUGAAUGAAGGCUUGGAAGCAAAGAUCGAUUUUAUCCGAAGGAAAAAUAAGCAAAAAACAUCCAUGAAGUAGUUAUUUUAGUAUACUGAAAGGUGGGAUGGCCAUGCGCUCGCUUACUUGAUCAAGAGGAAAAGGGAAAGGGUCCAUGGGAUGAUGCGUUAACGGGAUUUAAAAAAGUGGACAUUUUUCUCCGACUUUUUUUUUUCUCUCUCUCUCUCUCCAGUGUCUCUAUAAUC